GUCUCGUCUGGCCUCCUUCAACCCUCACAACUCAUCAAUCUCCCCUGACCUUUAUUCUCCAUCACCAUUGCCGACGAUCCAAGUCCAAGACGCCACCCCCGGCCUACUUACAUGUGCUGAGCCACGUUCUGCCAACCGCCCGGCGCGUCGUCAAGCAAUACUUGGCUUCCGCGGUCCGGCCAGGAAGUCCCGAUCGAACGCGUAUCCCGCCAACAUGCCGCGACCUACAUUUACCAGCAAGCUCUCGCUUCCGCACCGCCUCAAGCACCCGCAAUCCAGCAACUCCAACGGCGCCAAUCUCACUCCCACGUCUGUGCCCCAGAGUCGCAACGGGAGCCCCAAACCCAAGCAAAGAUCAGACAUGUCUGAACAACACCAAGUGCCCGGUUUAGUCCUGCGAGCGAAUGUCAUCAAGGGCAGAGAUCUCGCUGCAAAGGACCGGAGUGGCACUUCUGACCCAUACCUCGUCCUCACCCUCGGCGAUGCAAAAGUCACCACCCCCGCCAUAAACAAGCAACUAAACCCCCAAUGGAAUGAGACGGUCGAACUGCCCAUAUUCGGCGAGCAGAGCCUCCUGCUUGAAGUCGUCUGCUGGGACAAGGACCGCUUUGGCAAGGACUACAUGGGCGAGUUUGACGUCAUACUUGAGGAUCAGUUUCAGAAUGGACUCACACACCAGGAGCCGCAGUGGUUCCCCCUACAGUCACGGCGAUCCGGCAAGAAGAAGUCGAUUGUGUCAGGCGAGAUCCAGAUCCAGUUCUCCCUCAUCGACCCCCUCAACCUCACUGCGACCCCUGAGCAGACGCUACAGAAGUUCUUCGCCAUUGCCACACAGACACCGAACCCCGAUGACGACGACGACGAACUCCUGAUGCAGAGCAACAGCAACCCUACCGACGCCGAAGACGAGUCGAGCUCAGACGAGGCGCAGGAUGAGUCGAAGAAGGCUGAGAAGAGGGAGAAGCGGCGAAAGAAGCUCAAGUUGGCCAAACUCAAGAGAAAGGCAAAGGGCAAGACUCAGUACGAAUACUCAAGUACCGGCGACAUAGCUGGUGUCCUCUUCCUAGAGAUUCAAAAGUGUACCGACCUGCCACCAGAGCGCAACGUCACCCGCACCACAUUCGAUAUGGACCCCUUUGUCGUGACCUCGCUCGGCAAGAAGACGUACCGAACCAGAACAAUCAGCCACAACCUGAACCCCGUAUUCGACGAGAAGCUCAUCUUCCAAGUCCAGCGGCACGAGACCAACUACUCUGUCAAUUUCACCGUCAUGGACAAGGACAAGUUUUCAGGGAACGACUACGUUGGCACAGUAAACUUCCCGCUCGAAAAGGCUGUUUCCACAGCCCCCCAGGAAGACCCAGAGACUGGCCUCUACAAGCUCCCUGAACCGUCAGACUCUCCUGGCAUUUCUCCUUCGGAUUCCAACGGCAAAAAAUCCCGCUUCCGUCUUCCAAUCUCUCGCUCCGGCUCCACUCACAGCCUUUCGCGUCUGUCUCGGCCAUCUCUAAAGAAGGAAAGCUCGACUGGUUCGCUGACCGCACAAGACUCGGUUCCCGUUAUGGGCACAAGCGCCCCACAGACCACUGCAAUCGACUCCAACGGUAAUCUCGCAGUUGCUGGCGCGGUCAACAUCAACACCGCAGAUGAUGAGGAUUUGAAAAUGUACACACUCCCUUUGGAGCUGAAACAGAAAGAGCGUUGGGAUAACAAGCACAACCCCACCCUUUACAUUCGCGCAAAGUACCUGCCAUACAAAGCCCUUCGACAGCAGUUCUGGAGAGCUAUGCUUAAGCAAUACGAUGCCGAUGAAAGUGGUCUCCUAGAUAAGGUCGAGCUGACUACCAUGCUGGAUACCCUUGGCUCCACUCUACACGAGUCGACCAUAGACAGCUUCUUUGAGCGAUUUGCUGACCAACACAAUGGGGACCAACUCCUCACCUUUGACGAAGCCGUCAUUUGUCUGGAAGAUCAGCUCCAGCUCACAGAAGCGAGAGACGCAAAGAGGUCGGGCUACCUCGAAUCAGGCACACAGACUCCCGCGUCGACAUCUGGAAUGCUUACACCAAUCAAUAAGAACGGCUCUACUACAUCCAUCCCCGUCCUAGAGACCAACACGUUGGGCCAGGGGGGUGAAGAAGGCGAGAACAUCCAGAUUGACGACUUGGCGGAUGAAAAGGGCGAGGAGCAUGUCAUCGAAAUUCGUGAAUGCCCCAUAUGUCACCAGCCCAAGUUGAACAAGAGGUCCGAUGCCAACAUUAUCACACACAUCGCUACAUGCGCAAGUCAAGACUGGCGGCAAGUUAAUAACAUCGUCAUGGCCGGAUUUGUCACUUCAAGUCAAGCUCAGCGAAAGUGGUACUCCAAAGUCAUCACCAAGAUCUCUUAUGGUGGCUACAAGCUGGGUGCGAACUCGGCAAACAUUCUUGUUCAAGACCGUCUUACUGGGCAGAUUAACGAAGAGCGUAUGAGCGUAUAUGUCCGCUUGGGCAUUCGCCUGCUCUACAAGGGUCUAAAGGCAAACAACAUGGAAAAGAAGCGAAUCCGAAAGCUGCUCAAGUCUCUCAGCUUCAAGCAGGGACGCAAGUAUGAUGAUCCUGCUUCGGCCUCGGAGAUUGUACCAUUCAUAAACUUCCACCAGCUCGACAUGUCCGAGGUACUACUGCCAACAGACCAAUUCAAGAACUUUAACGAGUUCUUCUAUCGCGCACUGAAGCCAGGUGCUCGUCCAUGCUCUGCUCCAGAUGACCCAAGAGUUAUCGUUUCUCCUUCCGAUUGUCGAUCUGUUGUGUUCAACACAAUCGACUCAGCCCAGGCUAUCUGGGUCAAGGGCCGUGACUUUACUGUCGAGCGUCUGCUUGGUGAAGCAUACCCUCAAGAUGUGAAGCGCUACCAGGGAGGUUCUCUCGGAAUCUUCCGAUUGGCACCGCAAGACUACCAUCGAUUCCACAUUCCUGUCGAUGGUGUCAUGGACGAACCGAAGACGAUUGAGGGAGAGUACUACACAGUCAACCCAAUGGCUAUUCGCUCUGCUCUCGACGUAUAUGGCGAAAACGUUCGUGUCGUGGUUCCUAUUGACUCCGUCGCUCAUGGCCGCGUCAUGGUCAUCUGCGUUGGCGCCAUGAUGGUUGGUAGCACAGUCAUUACGCGCAAGAAGGGCGAGCAAGUGAAGCGUGCUGAAGAGUUAGGAUACUUCAAGUUUGGUGGAAGUACCUUGCUGCUUCUCUUCGAACCUGGUCAGAUGAGAUACGACGAGGACCUUGUGGACAACUCAAACUCUGCCCUUGAAACGCUUGUCCGCGUUGGCAUGUCAAUUGGUCAUAGCCCCAACAGACCAGCAUAUGCCCCUGACAUGCGCAAAUCCAACCCUACUCUGGAAGAGAAACAGGACGCUAAGCGCCGUAUUGAAGGUAGCCUCGCUCCUGAAGGCGUGAAGGGACCCAUGCCUGGAGCUGGGAUGUAGAAUAGAUCUGAUUGCAGCAAGGAUUACGUAAAAGGCGUGGGUAGGCUUGGAUAUUCAUCACUUUUCUGGUGGGUGUACCUGGAGUAAGGUCAUGACAUGGAAGCAUAUGUUAGCGGCGUAUGUAAUCGCUUCACGCUUGUGAGUGUCUGAGCGACUUGACUUUGGCUGGUGAGCAUAGAUGGAUGAAGCAUAUGUAUAUAGACAGCGUGUGACGCUCGGCCUGUGCCAAAUAUCCUUACACCUAC